UCACAACAUAAUGAGACAGUUUGUUUAUAUACAAUGAAAUUCAUGACUUUUAUUUUUAUCACAAUUUAUUCUCAUUUUCUAAAAUUAAUAUUUUCAUCUAUUUACUUGGGAUUCUAUUAUCAUAUAAUUCUUUUAGACUAAUCUAAUAGUAUAUGAUUCAACUAAUAUAAUUAGAGUUAUAUAACUUUAUGCUUUAAAAAACCAAAAGAAAGACGGGGGUUGUUUUUUUUUUCUUUUUUUCUUUUUCAUAAUGAAAUUGAAUAAAGCUUUAUGCUAAAUUAUAUCUAAUUUCAAUGACUUUUCUUUUUUAAAAUAAUUACAACUGUUUGUUAGUUUGAUUUUCUUUUGUUUUUAUUCACCAUGUUAUGUGUUUUAAUAAUCGAUUCCAUUUUAAUAUCAAUUAUUGGCUUAAAAUUGGAAUAUAUUUAAAAACACAAAUACAAUACACAUGCCUUUUAACCAAAAUUGGUUUUUGAUUUGAUUUUGCAUGAUAAUUAUUAUUAUUAUUAUCUGAUAGCACGUAUAACAGAAAGAUAGAGAGAGAGAGAGAGAGAGAGAUGCAUGUAAAAUAGACAACGUAACAUGCAUUUGUUUGAUAUUAUUAGAAAAAUAUUCUUAUAUAAAAAUAUAUCAUAUCAUAGUUGAAUUAGAAUUAUCUAGAGAAUAAUUAUAUAUAAAUGACGAAUAUAUUUAUUUUAUUUUUGCUUAGAAAAUUAAUUCGUCAAUAUUAGAUAUAAAUUAAUUUUAUGCUUUUAAUCGAUAGAAAAAAAAAAAUUAAAUUAAAUAGGCAAUUUUUUUGAAAAUGCUUUUUUCUGCCAAUUGUAGAAUUUGAAAUAUUAUAAAAUGAGAUUUGAAUGCAUGUUGAAAAUAAAUGGCAUGUAAAACGGACAAUAUAAUUGAAUAUGCACGAUCUACUGAUGAUCAUAAUGUACAUUUUCGGGUCUUUGUUAUUAUUCUUAGUCUUAUUUUUUUUUCUUAUUCAAUUUUUAUUUUAUUCGAUAUAUUUUGUUUAGAUUCUUCGUCGAAUGAUGGCAUUAUGUGUUGAAGAAAUGUCCGAUGGUCUAUGUGCUAGAGAAAAUGAACAACGUCUAUUACGAAAUAUGGAUGUACACGUUGCAGUAUUGGAUCUAUUAAAAAUUCCCUAUGAUAAAGCUGAAGAUACUCGAAUGAAUCAUAUAAUGAGAUUAGCACACAAUCUCUUACAAUAUUUUUGUUAUGAAAAUCCAACAAAUCAAGCAAAAUUAUUUGAACUCUAUUUCAAUGAUUAUCAUCAAAUAUCCGAAGAACAAGAAGUUGAAACAUGCUGUUAUAUAUUUAUGAAUAAUGUUCAAUUGUGUAAAACUAUUACUGAAAAACAUAUUCAACAUUUUGUACAUUUAAUUGAACUUCAUGGAAGAAAAAUGUUAUAUAUUAAAUUUUUACAAACAAUUGUUAAAGCAGAAAAUCAAUAUAUUAAAAAUUGUCAAGAUAUUGUCAUGUCAGAGGGUGUAGGAAAUGCAAAAGGUAAGCAAAAAAUUGUUUUGGCCGAAUCAUACAUGGUUGGAGAGAACUCGACGAGGAGAUUCCGAAUAUUUAAGAUUUUUAAUUUUCUAAACCACGUUUUGGAUGAGAAAUCUUGAAAAUACAAGUUACUUCUCUAAAAAUGAAAAUAUGAACAAUUUCGAGAAAAAUCAAGAUUUCUCCUGUUUGCAUCCGUUCUACGUUGCUGAAACUAGUUUAUUCGGAUUCAACAUCAGAAACUGAGUGCAUCCAUGUGGCUUAGAGUAGCCACUGGAUCUAGCAAACUUAUCUCCUUUUUUGCAUCAAGAGAUUUUCUCAACUUUCAUACAUCAUUCGAAUUGUCAACUCACGGACACUAAAAGUAUAUGACACUUUUGUGAAAUUUUGUUCCUUCGCUGACCUUACUGGGAAAAUAUCAUAUUCUGAAUUAGCGUCGAAAAUCGAGUCGAAUGAUAUAUGUUUUGAAAUUUUUCAUUAAUUUUCAUUUUUUGGAUGAAAAUGUUAGUAAUUAUUUAACGUGAAAAUUCAAAAAAAAUUAAAGUGAUUAAAUAGAAUAAAA